AUGGAAGGGGAGGUCAUGGAAGAUCGAGAGUCAGUAGAGAUGGCUGGUUUAUCGGUGGACGGCGGUGGUCAGAUGGGUCUUGAAUAUCAACAAGAGGAGUUGGGGGCAGGAGACAAUCUUGAGCUAUGUUUGGUGGGCAGAUUUCUUUCGGAGAGGAUUAUCAACUAUAAUGCUAUGUCUUUUUCAUUAGCCGAGCUGUGGCAACCUCGUGAAGGGAUGACUGUUAGGGAGUUGGGUGGUGGUCUUUAUGUGUUUCAAUUUUUUCAUGAGGUAGAUAUUCACCGUGCCCUGGAAAUGUGCCCUUGCACCUUUGAUAAUCAGAUUCUGAUUAUAGAACGUAUGUCAGGUUUUUCUACUCCUACAGAGGUCCCUCUUAAUCACAUCUAUAUUUGGCUCAAGAUCUUUGAUUUACAGACUGGGUUUCAUUCUGAAAGGGUAGCUAAAGAUAUUGGCAAUCAGGUCGGUCAAUUUAUUGCUUCAGAUGAGCGCAAUUUUACUGGGGAGUUCGACUCAUUUGUUCGAAUCCGUGUUAGAUUGGAUGUUCGGAAACCGCUGAUGCAAGGCAUCAACUUGAGAAGAACAGGUGCAGGUUGGUUUUGGGCGAGGUUUGAAUAUGAACGUUUGCCCACGUUCUGCUUGAUCUGUGGUAUCCUUGGCCACACAAAUAGAUUCUGCCCUCAACUGAUUCAUUAUCCUAUAGGACAGGCCCCUCGCAACUAUUCUCUGGACAUCCGUGCUAAACCUCGCAGAGGGGGAAUGGUGAACAAGAGCUCACGGUGGCUCCGUACGCCGGGGAGGUCUUUCCGAUCAGAAGGUAGUAGUGGUUCAGCUAUGGAAACUGAUCAAGAUUAUGCCGCUUAUCACGGGCCUAAUUUAAAUUCAAAUUCUGAAAAAGAUAAGGGAGUGGUUACUGGAGCUGCUUUAGCUAAGUCUCCUAUUUUGUCUCAACAUGCUGUUAAUUCCCAUGUACACCCAGCAAUGCAAUCUCCUACUGGGCUUACUAUUGUGGACCUGAAGCGACGUCGUAUGGAGGAGGCAUUAAAUGAGGAGAGGGCCCAAGAUGGUGGUACCAAUGCAGGACCUGAUUCUACACUUUCAAGGGCUGCACCAAAAAACAUGAUUGAAGAAAUAAAAAAUUUAUUGGGUUAUGAUGAUUUUGUUUCUGUGGACUGUGUGGGGCAUAGUGGUGGUCUAGCUUUACUUUGGCGUGCUAUUGACUCUGUGCAUGUUCUAUUUCAAUCGGCUAGAUGUAUUGAUGUGGAGGUUGACUUAGAUUCGGUGGGUAGUUGGCGACUAACUGGCUUUUAUGGACAUCCUAACCGUAAUCAUCAUCAGGAGUCUUGGGCUUUACUACAGAAUUUAGCAACUAUGAGCACACGUCCCUGGGUCUGUAUGGGGGACUUCAAUGACAUUCUAGCUAAUCAUGAGAAGAAAGGAGGCAGACGGCAACCGAAUGCAUUGAUUCAGGGGUUUCACAAUGCUGUAAUGGCAGCGGGACUCUGUGAUUUUCCCAUGAGCGGAUAUAAAUUUACUUGGGAAACUGGUAGGGGCUCAGAUCGGUGGGUUGAAGAAAAAUUAGAUAGAGUUCUUACCUCUCCAUCAUUUAAUUCUUUGUUUUCCCAUGCUAGAGCGGCUUCGUUGGAAGCUUCUUCAUCUGAUCAUCUUCCAAUACUGUUGGAGAUACGUCUCUUUAUUCCGACCCAGUUGGCCAGGAGAUUUAAAUUUGAGAACAGUUGGAGAAGAGAGCCGCAGUGCCGUGAGUUGAUCUCCAAUGUUUGGAAUUCGAGUGCCUCUGUGGAUGUGUUUAAUAAAUUACUUCGGUGUGGAGAAUUGUUGUAUAGAUGGGGGCUGGACAUUCGAAAUCUACAUAAGCAGGAGUUGGUACAGUGUAAGUUAGAUAUGCAGCACUUGCGGGGUUCUCGUUCGUUGGCUGAUGUUCGCAAGUUUGAGGAGGCUAAGAAGAGAUACCAUGACUUGUUGAGGGAUAAAGAAAUACAAUGGAAGCAACGUGCCAAAGUCUUUUGGUUGAAAGAAGGAGAUUCUAACACUAGAUUCUUUCAUGCAAUGGCUACAAACAGAAAAAAGAAGAAUCUGAUUCAUCGGCUCCAAGACAGCAAUGGGGUUUGGUGUGAGAGGGGGCCAGCUCUCGACACUCUUAUUGUUGAUUAUUUUCAGGAUAUCUUCCAGGCAAAUUCAGGUGAUACUCAGCCUAUUAUUGAUCAUAUCCCUCACUGUAUUACUGAGGAAGAUAAUGCUUUUCUUCUUGCUCCUUAUUCACCUGAGGAAGCCCGUGCAGCAGUGUUUAGCAUGCAGGCGGACAAGGCACCUGGUCUCGAUGGGUUCAACCCAGGUUUUUUCCAAUAUCACUGGGAUAUUAUUGGGUCUGAUGUUUCAUCUACUUGUAUUUCAAUGUUGGCUGUCGGUACAUUCCCGGUAGAGUUAAAUGAAACAGCAUUAGUUUUGAUUCCAAAGAAGACAAUUCUUGGGACGAUGGGGGAUUUGCGGCCAAUAGCUUUGUGUAAUGUCUUUUAUAAAAUAAUGUCCAAGAUGGUUGAAAAUCGACUUAAAAGGCUACUGCCUCGGAUUAUUUCUCCAUCACAGUCGGCAUUUGUUGCCGGGAGAAGCAUCCAUGAUAAUACUAUAAUUGCCUUCGAGCUUAUGCACUUUUUCAAAGGCAAGCGCUAUGGUCGUGAGAGUUAUGGUGCCUUAAAGAUGGACAUUAGCAAGGCAUAUGAUCGUAUGGAGUGGAAUUAUGUUUCGGAUGUCUUGGAUAAAAUGGGUUUCUCAACACAGUGGACGAGUGUGAUCAUGCACUGUAUUACUUCAGUCAGCUAUCAUAUUGUUCAUGAUGGGAAGGAAUUGGGUCCAAUUAUGCCUACACGAGGAUUGCGGCAAGGAGAUUCCUUGUCCCCAUAUAUAUUUAUCUUGUGUACUGAGGGAUUUUCACAGCUUAUAUCGCACAAGGUGGCUAGUUCGGCUUUACAUGGUUGUCGGGUGGCUAGGAGAUGCCCUGAGAUAACUCAUCUCUUCUUUGCCGAUGAUAGCUUGAUUUUCUUCCAUAGCACUGCUGCUGAAGCUCAGGUUGUGAAGGAGGUGGUUUCUACUUAUGCACAGGCAUCUGGGCAGCUCAUAAAUUUCACUAAAUCUGCCAUAUGCUUCUCUAAGAACACGAGACAGAAUGAUCGGGCUGGUGUGUGCUCUAUGUUAGGCGUGGAAGAGCAUUCAAGUUUGGGCAAAUAUUUGGGUCUUCCAUCAGUGGUGGGCAUAAACAAAAGAGAAAUAUUUGGUUUUUUAAAGGACAAGGUGUGGCAGAAACUUAACUCCUGGAAACGUCGUUGCUUGUCCCGUGCAGGUAAAGAAAUCUUACUAAGAACAGUGCUCCAAGCACUUCCUAAUUAUGUGAUGAGCAUGUUCCUAAUCCCUAAGACUCUUUGUCACGACCUCCAACAGAUGAUGAAUAUGUUUUGGUGGGGUAAAGGUAUUAACCAUGAAAGGGGAAUCCAUUGGAUGAGUUGGGAUAGAAUGAGUCAACCAAAAUUUGUUGGAGGGUUGAGCUUCAAGAAGUUAAGGGAGUUCAACUUGGCUAUGGUUGGAAAGCAAGCUUGGAAUAUUGUGACUAAUCCUUCUUUGUUGGUGGCAAGGUUAAUUAAAGCUCGUUAUUUUCCUGAUGCUAAUUUUAUCACGGCUCAUCUGGGGUCCAAUCCGAGCUAUUUUUGGCGAAGCAUUUGGGAAGCACAAUCUGUUAUUAAGGCCGGUAUGUGUUGGAAAGUUGGAAAUGGACAGCAAAUUCGAGUCUGGGAAGAUCCUUGGAUCCCAAAUUUGCCUUCCUCCUGGGUGCAAACAUCGCAGCCUGUUAACUCACAGGUAAACUUUGUUCAUGAUUUGAUGAUUAAUGGUUUUUGGAAUUUGCCAUUGUUACGUUCAAUUUUUAGUAUGGAAGAGCAGCAGGCCAUACUGUCUAUUCCCCUCCCUCGAUUUGCUGCUAGUGACAGAUUGAUCUGGAAGUUGGAGCCAAAUGGUCAAUAUUCAGUUAAAUCAGUUUAUAAAUUCCUAACUAAUAUUGGAGAUGGAGUUGUGGGAGGUCAUAUUAGUGCGAUGUGGCGGAAAUUAUGGAACGUCAGGGCUCCUCCUAAGUGUCGCGACUUAGAGUGGAGGGCAGCCAAUAAUGCCAUACCAGUUUUGCAGCUGCUUCAACAGCGACAUGUUCCUGUGCAUAAUUCAUGUCCUUUAUGUAAUUCUGUUAGUGAAUCUGUGCUCCAUGUGCUGGUUACAUGCCCUUUUGCCAAGGGGGUAUGGCUUGCGUCUUCGAUUGGAUGGCUUUUUCCUCAGUCGGCGUCAUUUUUGGCAUGGUUGUGCUCAGUUUUGCAACUGGUGAGAAAGAAAGACCAAGCUAUGGUGGUAAUGAUCUGCUGGGCUCUUUGGCAGGCACGGAAUGAUGUGGUCUGGUCUUCGAAGUGGUCGAGCCCUGCUGCUGUGGUGUAUCGGGCUAGGACAAUCCUCUACGAUUGGUGUAAUGCGCGACACGUUGAUGACAGUUCUUCUGAUGCUUCAGUCUUCCCUGAUGGCUUCAUUGGAGUUGGUGGAGUGCUUCGCUCAUAUGAUGGCUCUUUUGUUGGCGCUUGUCAACAUAGACUCCUUGGUUACUUCUCUCCUAAAACAGCUGAGCUAAUUACCAUUAGAGAAGUUCUGAGUUGGAUUAAGAGGCUGGGUUAUGAUCAGAUAGUGUUGGAAUCAGAUGCUCUUACGGUAGUGAAGGCUUUGCUUUCUUCUUCAACUUCUGAUUUUUCUAGUUUUGGGUCUCUUGUUGAUGAUUGUAAAUCUCUAAUAGCAGAGAUGAAUUCAGUAUCUGUGAGUUUUGUUUCUCAAUCUGCCAAUAGUGUGGCACAUCUUAUAGCUAGAGCUGCCUCUACUAUUUCAGACAGGAUGGAGUGGCUGAGUACCCCUCCACAAUUGAUUGUUCAUGCUUUGAUGUUGGACUUCCAAAUUUGA